GAGUGAAGAGAAUUCACAAGUUCAAAAGUUGGGGCAGAAACUGUUACAAAUCCAACAACCUAACAAAACCGUCGUCUCUGCUUCAUUUCCUCUUUAGAAUUUGGAUUGUUGAAGGCGCCUUGUGUUUCUGGCGAUGGCGGAGUACGGUGAUGAUGGUGGAAUUCUAUUUGUUACCCCCACGCAUGGCAGGAGAUAUAACCAGUGGAGUGUGAACGGAAAUCUAUUCGAAGUUUAUUCAAAGUAUUUCCUGCUCAGGCUCAUCGGCCGUGGGGAUAAUGGCAUUGUAUGUGAGGCUCAAAACACUCUGACAAGUGAAAGAGUCGCCAUUAAGAAGAUUAGCAAUGCAUUUGGUAACAUAUAUGAUGCAAGGAGGACACUACAUGAAAUCAGAUUUCUACUUGACAUGGAUCAUCAGAAUUUUAUCACAUGUAAAGACAUAAUUCGGCCACCACAGAGAGAGAACUUCGAAGAUGUCUACUAUGUUUAUGAUCUCAUGGAUACCAAUCUUCACCAGAUAAUUCAGUCCAGCCAACCAUUGACAGAUGACCAUUACCGGUGUUACCUUUACCAAAUUCUACGAGGACUUAAGUAUCUCCAUUCUGCAAACAUCUUGUGUCGUCCUCUUAAACCGCAUAUGGUGUGCCUCAAUUGGGAUCAUAAACUGAAAAUCGUAUGUGGUACUUAUUCCAUGCCGAAUGUUGCUACUCAUUGGUAUCAAGCUCCAGAAGUGCUCCUAAAUUGUUCAGGACACACUCCUGCAAUUGAUAUAUGGUCUCUUGGUUGCAUACUCGGCGAGAUGAUGAAAAGAGAACCUUUAUUUCCCGGAAGAGAUACUGGUCAGCAGUUUAUGCUCAUCACAGAGCUAAUUGGCUCUCCAGAUGAUGCCAGUCUUGGCUUUCUUAGAAGCAAUGAUCAACGACGCUAUCUUAGGCAGUUCCCACGGUACCAAAAGCAACAAUUUUCUGCCAGAUUCCCGAAUACAGCUGCUCCUGGAGCUCUGGAUUUAUUAGAGAGAAUGCUUGUGUUUGACCCAAACAGGCGCAUUACAGUCAAUGAGGCUCUCUGUCAUCCGUACUUCGCACCCUGUCGUGAUAUCAACAGUGAACUUGUUUGCCCUAAACCGCUUGCCUUUGACUAUGAGCAUCCGACAGUUACUCAAGAGAACAUCAAGGAAUUCAUGUGGAGGAUGUCUGUGAUAUUGAAUCCCAACUUACAUCCCCUUUAGGUGGAGAUAUGCCGCCAUGAAGACAACUCUUUUUAGGUCAUAUUGUUACCACCAGUUACUGA